AUGAUUUUAAAUGAAUUAGAAAGUAAAAGUCCAUUCAGUACCACAUCGGUUUCUGAUUCAUGUUCAGAAUUCUCAUCAAGGGGAAAUUCAAAAGAAAGCACCCCACCAACCCCACCGGACACAGAAUUUGAUACGGUCACAAAAACAUCAGUUGCGGUUGCACCUCCAGUAGUGGCACCACCAACUCAACAACAACAACAACAACAAACAAAUCCUAAAAAGACCAAGAAGAACAAACCAUUAUCAAGAGCACCUAUUGCAACUGGUAUUUCUACCAAUAUCCCAGUUACAGGUGAAAAACCAAAACCUAUCCAAGAAGGUGAUGCAUCAUUGGAUGAUAAUGUUUUGUAUAAGAUUUUCUUGAUUUUGUUUGAAAAGGAUCCUAAGGAAGAAGGUAUGACUGUCAAACAAUUAUGUGAGAUGUUGGAAACAUUACACCCAGAAUUAGUUAACAUGUCAUCCAAAACUUCCAAUUUAGUUAGUGCAAAAUUGAAUGCAUAUAUUAAGAAAUUGGAAAAAGCCGAUUUGACUUUACAAUAUGCUAUUUCAAGAGAAUGGGCCGAUGCUUCUCCAAAGAGAAUGGUCUAUAAAUAUAGAGGACUUUUAGCUCCUGGUUGGGAAAAAGUCAUGGAAGAAUUGAAGAAAAUUGAAAAUGCUAAACAAAAAUUGGAAAAACAACAAAGAGAACAAGAAGAUCAAGAAAUUGCUGAGCAAUCUUCUGAUGUCUUAAGUGCCGAUGAUGAAUCUUCUGAUGUUUCUCCUCAAACAACUAGAAAAAAUUCUACUGUUGCUGCGAUUAUUAAGGAAGAAGAAGAAGGCGAAGAAGUUCCAGUUCAACAAAUUCCAACUCCUCUCGAUUCACCAACAACCGCAAAUAUGACUUCAUCUGCUCCUAUUCCUCCAACUACUACAACAAAUGUUGCCAAGAGAAGAGCAACCAUGUUUGAUUUUGGAAGACGUCCAAGUUUCUUGAGUUUGGAUGAGUUUCCUGAACCUCCACCACCUUAUUUGGUUAACAAGAGCAAGAUCACACCAGUAAUUGACGAUGAUGAAGUUUUCAUUGAUGUUGAUGAAGAAGAUGACGAACAAGAUGAUGAUCAUCGUGUUGUAGUUAAGAAAAGAAGAACUAUCUCCUCAAUUAGUAAAUUCAACUGGGGAAAUUUAGGUUCCACUGAAUUAGAUACAGCUGCAAUUACCGCAAUGAGAAGAGAAUCAGUUUCAAUGUUUGAAGUCGGUGUUUCUUUCCCAUCUCCACUAGACACUAGUCUUCAAGAUUUAGAUAAAAUGUUUUCAGUAUAG